AUGAUUCCACUUGUACUUUGUACGUGUUUCAUCAUUAUUGGAAUAGCAGUAGGAAGAAGACUCAGUAAGCAAAUUAGUAGACAAAUCAGUAGCAUAUUCCUGAACCAGAAUAGUGAAACAACCAGAAGUAGAAUUCAUUAUUCUACCCUCAAUAAGCAGAAUAGUCUCAAAAUGGUAUUUCUAGUCAAUAAUUCACUAGGAAUGAAAAAGGGUAAAGUGAUAUCACAGUGUAUGCACGCGUAUGAUGGAAUAGUGGAAAGAGUGAUGGAAAACAGGGAGAUAAGGGGGAUGUACAGCAAGUGGAAGAGGAGUGGAUGUGCCAAGGUGGUGGUAAAGGCGGAUGUGGGGGCAUUCAAUGGGAUAUACAGCAAGUUGUACGAGUAUGAUCUGAUUAAUUACGUGAUGAUCACUGAUGCAGGAAGGACGCAAAUCAAGGCUGGAUCCAAUACGGUGAUUGGUAUUGGACCAGAUUAUUCAGAAGAAAUAGACAGAUUUACAGGAGAGUGUAAGUUAUACUAA